GGAGCGGCCCUGCGCGCAGUGAGGCAGUGGCGGGGGAAGGCACCGGUGGGGCCGACGGGCGGGCUGAGGAGGGAAGCGGGCGAGCGAAGUCCCAGUGCGCGCCGCGGCGGCCCGGGUACCCUCCCCUUCCGGGCGUGAGCCGCUGAGAGGAAAGCCGAGCGGAGCGGACUCGCAUAGGCAGCGAGGUGCUUCUCGGGUCUCCCAAGACCGGCCUCCCGCGGCUUCGGCGCUCCAGUCGCGGGGCCCGGGUUCCUCAACACACCUAGCUUCAGCCACCGUCAGAGCUUGUCCCCCGUCCGUCGAAGUCCCGGCGGCAGCCCGGGCUCUUGGUGGGGAGGAUGACGGAGCUGCAGUCGGCACUGCUACUGCGAAGACAGCUGGCAGAACUCAACAAAAAUCCAGUGGAAGGCUUUUCAGCAGGUUUAAUAGACGACAAUGAUCUCUAUCGUUGGGAAGUCCUUAUUAUUGGUCCUCCAGAUACACUUUAUGAAGGUGGUGUUUUUAAGGCUCAUCUCACUUUCCCAAAAGAUUAUCCCCUCCGGCCUCCUAAAAUGAAAUUCAUUACAGAGAUUUGGCACCCAAAUGUUGAUAAAAAUGGUGAUGUUUGCAUUUCUAUUCUUCAUGAGCCUGGAGAGGAUAAAUAUGGUUAUGAGAAGCCAGAGGAACGCUGGCUGCCUAUCCAUACUGUGGAAACCAUCAUGAUUAGUGUCAUUUCUAUGCUGGCAGAUCCUAAUGGAGACUCACCUGCAAAUGUAGAUGCUGCGAAAGAAUGGAGGGAAGACAGAAAUGGAGAAUUUAAAAGGAAAGUUGCCCGGUGUGUAAGAAAAAGCCAAGAAACUGCUUUUGAGUGAUGUUUAUUCAAUAGCUAGUAACUUCACUUAUUUCAGGGUCUCCAAUUGAGAAACAUGGCACUGUUUUUCCUGCACUCUACCCACCUAUUGCUGGACUUCUGUUGUAACAAGUUGGCAAACUCUGGCUGGAACUGGGCUGCAAUAAAACAUGCCAGUCAUUAAUGCUGACAAGAGCCUAACAAGUGCCAACUUACAGAUGAUUACGCAUUUUGAAUUCUAAUGAACUGUUUUAACCUUCAGGAAGAAUUGUAAAGACCUGUACAUAGCACAACAUGAUCCGGAUAAUAUAUAUACUGUUCAUGUACAUCCACAAACACACCUUGUACCAAAUAAUGCUGUCUUGUAGUAGAAUAAGAAUCGUGUAAAUUCUAAAAGACUUUAGCAGGUUUUCUUUUCCCAUUCAUCGUUUUUUAUCAGUUCAAAAAGAUUUCUUAAAGCAUGUCAGGUGAAAACCAAUAAGGAUUAAAAGUUUCCAUAUAAUUUCCUUUAAACCAUUGAGUCUUUCAUUACACUCUUUCCAUUUACUAAUCUUUUAUAUUUUCUUUGUUUUGGCACACCCUCCCCCUUUCCUUUUAUCUCUUCUAUCUGCCAGAAAGUUCUCAAAUCAUUUAGCUAAAAUACUGAAAUACUAGUAAAUUACUUGAUUUUCACGAUGACUUCAGAGUUGGGGUCAUCACUAGGUGCUUUGUCCUUUUUGUACUCUGAUUCACCCAUCUCUUGGAUUGGAUGUAGCAAUAACAUUUUCUGGCUGUUGAGAGCUCUUGAUCCUAGUCACUAUCUCCUGAGAACUUUAAAAAAAAAAAGUAAAGUCUGUUCUAAGUUCAUCUUAGUGAAAUUUAUUCCAAACAAUACAAAAAUCCAGAUUUGGUUUUAUUUUUGCCCUUAAGUUGUCUGAUAUUAAGGUUGGAUGAAUAUAGCAUGCGCAGCUACAGGCUUUCUACAUCUGGGAUUGCUAUUACAAAUGCUAUUUGUCCUAUUACCCUUCUCCUUAGCCCAUAUUUGUUUCUUCUUACAGCAGAUUUUCCUCACCUAUUGUACAAAGAAAUUGCGAUGUAUAUUUUCAUGUAAUUUGAUUUUGGAAUUUUGUCACCUUAUGUAGUGAGUUCUUCCAAAAUAUAAUUUUUUUCCAAUAAUUGUCAAGUUGUUGGCUUUUAUUGUAUUAAAUGAAGGUUAUAGUACUGAAUACCAGAGAAGUGCAGUUUAGAAAAAUCUCAGGUUGAUUCCUUAUGCAAACUUAAUACUUGAAAAUCUCAUGGCCAUGGCAGUAUACUAUUGGGUUUUAUUUAGAUUCUUUAUCUGAAUCUGAAAGUAUUACAGGGGAAAGUCCUUUGCUAACUGACAUACAGAAUUUGUCACUGACAUAGUGCACUUAGAUUUGAUUUUUCUUUGAGCAUAAGUAUUGUUUCCUAAGUGGUUUUAUGAAACAGCUUUGGUGAUGGGUAAAAUUAGUACAUUAAAUGUUAAAGACAGGCAGACCUAAGCUCCUGUCUGGUUUUGGCCGAGAAUGGGAAGUUGUGUUUGGUAUGUAAGAGCUAGAGCAUAAAACAGUACCUGUUACUUGAGACUGUUUGAGUGUGAGGAUAGGUGUGUUUCUGCCCUUGGGGUUUGGAUAAGUCUUUUGGCAGAAAAGGGAAUGAAAGGAUUCCUGUUGGUGUCAGACCUUUCAACUUCUUAUGUCUUUUAAAGCAGAGGGGAAAUGGAUCAAGAUGUGGCUAUGAUACAGCAACAUUUUCAAAUUAGUUUUCUCAGAAGCAUUCUGAAAUCCUAUAAACAUGAAAACCCAUAAAUGUGUAGCAACUGUGAACACUUGGUUUUAUUGGAGCCCAAUAAUCUUCAAGAACUUUUAGACACCUGCUCCCCACCCCAGACUAGAGCUAUUCUACAGUGCUACUGUCCUGUCAGAAAUUGUUCCCACAAUGGUUGCUUUUGCAAAUACGGAGUUGGAUUUUUGCUCUCCUAUUGCUGUGAUUCUAGCAGUCUGUUAAAUUAAAUCCAGGGUUUGACUGCUCAGCAAGUAGUAAAUCGCCUAGUAACUCAGGGACAACUGUUCUGCACUUGUAAGUGGCACUGUAACCAUGUGGGCCAGAUCAAGGACUACUGGAAAGGUAGGAGUGAUUGCCUUCCUCCUGAAGCUCUUUCUCCUCAUGGUGCCCUGACCAAUCUUUACACCUGAAACAGAAGCCUGAGUGUUAGGGCUUGCUUUUCUGUCAGAGGUGUCAUCUGUGCCUUUCCUAGUGUUCAUCUGACAAUGUGGAUUUCAAUGCCUCUACAUUUGACUUAAACUCACAUUCAGGUGGCACUAAACCAAGUGGCAUUCAUCCCACUAAUGCAUCAUCAUUAGAGUGAGGCAGUUGUGUUUUAAAAACAGUCCCAUCACUACCCCAAAACCCUGCCACCUAUGCCACCCAUCAGCUAUUCCUUUAGAUUAUAGAAUUGUUGGCUGUUAACUAAUGUUCAAAGUUCUUAUAGAGGAUCGCAAAUUUUAGUCUUUUUUUAAUGAGAUAAUAUUGAUAGCUUUUUGACCUCAGAGUUUAAAAUCACACAGAGUUGAUCUUCUUGUCAUUAGAAGGUAAUGCUUGAACAUUUGAUUUUUCUAUUUUGUGAUACCUGGGUGUCAUAUUAUCUUUUAAUGGCCUUUGGUCCCAGUUGUGAAAUUUUAUUUAUAUGCUCAUUCAUUCUCUACAAACCUGCCUCCUUCGGGUCUUGGUGCCUGUGUUUCAUUGUCUGGUCUCUAGUUGGUGGAAUUACCCUUUUUUGUACUGCCACUUCUCAAUAUUUUUGAAGUUUGACAUAAUGUUGCUUCAUUCCAGUUUUUUUUUUUUAAGUUCUGUAAUUUGACUGUAUUUAACUAUGUGAGCUUUUUUUUUUUGUGUGAUGUUUACUGUAUUGUUGUAAAGCACCUUAAUCAUGUGAUGGGUGCUCUAGAAAUCAAUAAAUGAUGACUUAGA